CAUCACCCAUCCUUCCUUUAAUAUCACAAUCAAAUAAUUCUUUAUACAUACAUACACAUGCAUGUAUUGAUUUUUUAAGUUCUACUAUUACAAAAAAAAAUGUCUAAUUUAUUCUUACUAACCUUUAUCACAAUCUUCCUUUCUUACACCACCUUAUUAGCCUUAUCGCAACCAUCAUCCGCCUCGACCAUAUGUCAAUACACACGAUACCCGUCGUUUUGUCGAUCGUCUCUGCCGAUCAACAACUCGACGGCCAAUGUAUAUGACUACGGACGUUUUUCUGUCCGUAAGUCCAUAUCUGCGGCCAAUAAAUUUGCUAACUUAAUCGAUAAAUACCUUUCUCGUUCCUCUAUCUUAACCCCGGGCGCUAUUAGCGCCCUACAAGAUUGUCGAUAUCUGGCUGGUGUCAAUAUCGACUUUCUUACAAACGCUUUUCAAACCGUAGACAAAACCCAAACCGCGAUUUCCACAAUGAAAUCGGAAGAUAUCCAAACAAUGCUUAGUGCCAUUUUGACCAACACUCAAACAUGUAUAGAUGGGAUCCAAGCAACGGCUUCUUCAUGGAGCUCGAAAAACGGGUUUUUAGCACCUCUUACUAAUGAUAACAAGUUGUAUAGUGUUUCAUUAUCCUUGUUUAACAAAGGUUGGGGUGUUAAGAACAAGAAAAAAAGGUCACUAACUUCACAUAAAAAACAUUUAGGCUUCAAAAACGGACGGUUGCCGUUAAAAAUGUCCGAAAAAACGAAAGCGAUUUUCGAGACAAUGGGACGACGAAAGCUUCUUCAAACGGAUGAUGGAGGUGAUCAAGUUGUUGUCAGUGAUAUUGUGGUGGUUAGUCAAGAUGGUUUGGGCAAUUUUACUACUAUUACUGAUGCGGUAAAUUUUGCUCCAAAUAAAUCUGAAGCUGCUGAUGGCUAUUUUAUGAUUUAUGUUACCGCGGGUAUUUAUGAAGAGUAUGUCAAUAUUCCUAAGAAUAAAUAUUAUCUUAUGAUAAUCGGAGAUGGGAUUAAUCAAACCGUUAUUACUGGAAAUCGUAAUGUUGUUGAUGGCUCCACCACUUUCAACUCGGCUACAUUUAUCGUGACAGCGCCUAAUUUUGUAGCAGUCAACAUAACGAUCCGUAACACAGCGGGAGCAAUAAAGCACCAAGCCGUGGCACUACGAAACGGGGCCGACUUAUCAACAUUUUAUAGUUGUAGUUUUGAAGGGUACCAAGAUACGUUAUACACACAUUCUCUUAGACAAUUCUAUAGAGAAUGUGACAUAUACGGUACAGUUGAUUUCAUAUUUGGAAACGCAGCUGUUGUUUUUCAAAAUUGUAACUUGUACCCACGGUUACCAAUGUCGGGUCAGUUCAAUGCCAUUACAGCACAAGGCAGAACUGACCCAGGCCAGAAUACUGGCACUAUAAUACAAAAUUGUAAUAUUCGGGCCGCGGAAGACUUGGGGUCAACCAAGACUUAUUUAGGGAGGCCGUGGAAAGAGUAUUCAAGGACGGUUUACAUGAAAACGUACAUGGAUACGUUGAUUGAUGGAGCAGGAUGGCGCGAAUGGUCUGGUGAUUUUGCGUUGAAUACGUCGUAUUAUGCCGAGUUUGAUAACUUGGGUCCGGGGUCGGAUACUAGUAGGCGAGUGACAUGGCCGGGAUUUCAUGUUAUUAAUGCUACGGAUGCGGUUAAUUUUACGACUUCUAGUUUUGUGAUGGGUGAUGAGUUUUUACCUCAAACGGGGGUGCCUUAUAUGGGUGGCUUGUGAGUGUUUGUACAAAUGUACAUGAUUUGCGACACUGUAUAAUUCAUCUCUUAAUUGAUUUGUUA